CUUGCACGAACGAGGACGGUAUUUCAAAAACAAUCCGUUUCCUUGCAGGCUCAUCUAUUUCAGUGUUAUUGCCAUGAGCCCGAAAGGACUUUGGGCCUCGAAGUGGACUGAGUGUAAAAUUCUUUGUUUACUUUUACUUACUACAACAAUGCUUCAAGGAGGCUCAUAAUAUGGUGAGAGAGGCUAAUGAGAAGCAAGCAGCGUCCGAAAAAGCACUGAAGGAAAGCCAGAUGAAAGUGGACGUCCUCACCGCAGAAGUUGCUGCUUUGAAAACACUCGUGCUCACUUCCACGCCCAGUUCCCCCAACCCACAUCUACAUCCUCAACUAAACGGCGCUAAGGAUGAGACUGGUGUGGCGUUGUUCAAGAAGCAUCGCCGGUCUCCAUCGCACUUUAAUCUGAAAUAUGGCAGGGAAAAUUCACCUCCAGAUUCGCCAGUCAAGGAAGUGGUGCAUAUCACUUGUGAGGUGGAAAGCAAAGAAGGCUUAGAGGUGGAUCCAGUGCUACACAAAGAGUUCCUGGUCUGGCGCCAAAACCCAGUGCUAGAUAAGGCAGACUGCUUCAUUAGCCGAAUGUACGACGAAGAUAUUCACCUGUGCCUAUGCUUCAACAACAGCGACCUGUCAGGGAAAGUUGUUAAGGCAGUCGAAUCCGGUACAAUACUCAUCGAAGCUGUUAGUGAUAAGACUAAGGCGAUGUUCCCCAAGAAAUGUGCGUUGCUCGAGGUACCAAGACUGUGCUUCUACAGAAUGAAUAUAGGUGAAGCAGAUACAUGGUACAACAUAUCACAAAUCUGUAGGAAUAGGAUAAUUGCCGUCUGUGAUUUUUUAAACUAUUUGAAGUACAUUGAGCGAGGAUUGGUCAAGAGUUCGGUUCAUGACGUAUACUGGGAGAUCGUUCGCCUAACGAAAGAACAUGGUCCUAGCUCGAUUAGGAUUAGCACUAUCAUCAUGAAUUCAUCAAAUCUCACCUUAUUUCAUGUGCCAAAACUCAUUUAUAUUUUAUAAGAUCUGAUAAAAAGUCAAACCAAAGAUUAUUUUAAGUUUUUUUCAAAAUUAUCUUUUCAAGAUGGUAAUACUCUAUAAGCUGUCUUUUAGGUACAAAAUAUCUAGCAAUCUCCAAUGUGACCUAUUUUAAUUUUUCACUGAAUCAUAUUUUUUUCGACAAAGUAAGCAAUCCAUAGGGUUUGAGGGAAACGAUAUCUGAGGAUUCAGUGUUAACCUUUCUUUCUCCGUUUAUUUUAAUAUUUUUAUUCUCUCUGAAUGUGUACAUAUGAUUUUUAGAUAUUCUAUUGUAACGAUUGUUGUAUAUAGGAUGUGAGAUUACCUUAGAACCCAACAACAAAAUCAUUUUUUAUUUUUGGAAAUUAUACUAGGAUCUAAUCUGAAUGCCACGUGGCUUACAUCUUUCAGGAUCUUCCACUUCCUCAUGUUUCACACGAGGCUGUUAAUAAAAUUGAGUUAGUUGUUAAAAUUGUAAUAAUGUUUUCAUAUCCAUGCUAAGAUUUAGUUCCUAGUAAUACUUAAAUACAGAGGAGUACAAAGAAUUGACUCCUGAAAGUUUGUUCUCUGUUUACAUCAAGCUGUUUAUUUUCUUCAACAGUACGUACUAGAAAGAAUACUGAAAGCUAAUUAAAAUUCAUUACAAUAUCAAUUAAAAACUACUAAUAUAGAUAUUAUAAUCGACAUCAAUAUCAUUUGUAGCACGUCCUGAUGAAAUGAGACACAAUUUUGAAAGCGUGACAACGAGAGAACAAACUUUCUUGGUGGUUUGAAUUCUUGAACUUGUACUUUGUAUCUUAAAAAGUCCGCCAAGGCUUCCUUCCUCUCUCAGAGAAGUACUACACAUCCAAUACCUAAUGUAUAUUAAGAAUGUUAUUAAAUUUAGAGAAAUAAAAACAAAUUCAAAUCAGA